AUGUCUAUAAUUGGGGAUAGCACUGUCAUGUGGAAUGAGCUGGGUAAAAUAGAGGAAGCAUUGAAGGAAGGGACCAUGACGGCAAUAUGCUUCGUCUGCAAUCUGCCGAUUAUGUCUCACCAAGUGGGACUGGUUUGGCAGGGAGGCAAUGGCUGGGACGAUCUCGUUCGCGAGCAGGUCGAAGAAUCCACCGUUCGGCAGCGACUUGGCGGACGCAGGGACUCGGCAGCUCAGAUCAGUGGAGCGUCACCUCCUAGUACUUCUCCGCCGCCUGGGGCACAACGUCGUCGCCGCAGUUCACUUGCGCAGCUGACCGACAUUCUGCGCGAAUGGAGCGGUGGUGGUUCGAAACGUCAGAAAGCUCCGCUCAAUCGACGCGAAACACUAGCCGAUCUUGCUCGAAGCUUGCCAUGGAGCAAAGCAAACACCGGUGAUAACAAUAACACGAUCACCGGGCACGCUCCUCCGUUGCGCAAAAGACGUGAAUCUAGUGCCGAUUCCGGUGUAAAAAGUAUGUCCUAUCGAAAGGAUUCCUAUGUGUCGGACUUUCGAGAGUAUCGAGAACGUGAAAGGGAGCGAGAUCGCGAGCAAGAGCGUCAGCGUGAGCGAGAACGCGAGCGCGAAAGAGAGCGUGAGAGGGAACGCGAACGCGAAAGAGAACGCGAACGAGAACGUGAGCGAGAUCGUGAAGAAUAUUCUGGUUACAAUGCGGAUGGAUACCGAAAUGGUUCUCGUCGCAACUCCAACGACUCAAGUCGAGAUCGUUCCUCCCGACGGGACUCCAUCAUUGGAGGAACAGCCACCCCACCGCCACCUAAAGUUGUAGGAGUCCAGCGCAAACCGCAAGGCCGCAAAGAUUCGCUAGUAGUGAUGGAGAUGCCCAACUUUCGACAGGAGCAGCGCCCCUCCACCAGUUCGACGGCUUCCGACUCCGGGCCCCUAUUCGUUGCGAUCGCCCAAAUGGAUUCCGCCUGUCAGUCCAUCAUGCCCCCGACCAUUAUAAUGAGCUCAGUAACGCCCCCGGCCACCAGUCCCACCGCACAGAAGGGUCGUCGCGAUUCGACGACCCAGUGCGGCACGAAAAUAUCCCGACGUGAUUCCCGUGUAAGUCCUGAACGUGCCCAGCGGCUUUUGAAGCUGCAAAGACAAGCCACUGCCUACGAUGAAAGUUGCCUGCCGCCCGGUGGUUGGAGUCGCCGUAGUUCCCAGCCAGCGCUCAGUCCGGACGGGGAAGGCCCCGAGAGGCAGGCACGACGGGAUAGCCUUAGUCCGGACAGUGCAUCAAGAGGCCGCCGCGAUUCACGCACGCACCUGUCACCGGAUCGCAGUCAUGAACGGGAGGGCAGCCCACGUCGCAGCCGUCGCCUGCGAAGACAAUCAUCGUCCGCUGCUCGACAGCCCCGUUCACCGGAAUCGAGCAGUUGCUGCUCGUCUAGAGAUGCGAGCCCAUGCGCACGACCACCGCCACUGCCAACGGAGAGUGCGGCACGUCCGUCCAUUCGCCGCCAGUCGACGACGGAGGAAAUCCUGAUAGCACGUGGCUUUCGUCGCCAGAGCACCACCGAGGAGAUGAUUCGCUGUCGGAACUUUCGCCGCCAAAGCUCGCAGAGUGAUGACACCUGUCGCUACCGCGGCCGGCGGGAUUCGUGCGCCCAAAUCAUCGACGGCACCGUCAGCACCAUGACAGUGGAAACUUCUAGUACGUUUUUUGAUUCUAGUACUCAAACAGGACACAUAAUCACACCCUGCUGCGUUGUCAGCUGUCGUAUGUGCCAGAAACCCAAAUCGAAUCAAUACGCAAAACCACAUACGGUAGUGGUGGGUGGUGGAAAGCUGUUCGAAUAUACUUCAAGUGAAACCCGAGCCAGAAAGAUUCUAUUAGCAGAACCGACCCGCAACUCUGACAAAACAAGUGAAAGCGAAAAGUGA